UGCUACUCUUUCUGCCAUCAACCAGCACCAAUACACCACCAACCAGCACCGAUUCACCACCAAGUAGCACCAAUACCACAUCCUUCCUCCCAUUCGACUACUUCACCCUCCUUCAUCUCCAGCCAUCCCACCAUGUCCUUCAACACACAGACGCUAGAGAGCCUCACAGCCACCCUCGCCAGAGUCCUCACCUCAAAUAACCUCCUCGUGCUCGACCGCCUGUUGUCGCCGUUGAUCAACCAUCUCACCUCGUUCCUGAACCUCAAACAGUCAGGCAAGUUCAACAACUUGAUCUGGCUCGAUGAACCCCAACAAACAGAGGUGUUUGACUCCUUUAACGGCUUGAUCGUUCUCCUCCAAGAAUCGCCCUCAAAUUUGGCUCUGUUGGCCCAAUUGUACAAUACAGUGCCCAAAUCGCUCAAGAUCCACCUCAUUGUGAGUGACUUGUCCAAGUCCUUCUUGUACCAGUUGAACGACACUUUGGCAGGAAAUUUGAACUUUCGAUCAUUGCUACAUUUUCAGCAGUCCCAGAUAAGCUUGACUACUCGAAUCAAGGCAUACAGCUGGAAGACAUUCCCCAUAGAGGACGAGUUCGUGCUUUUCAGCGACUUGCAAUUGGAUGCCCAUAUCGACCACUACUUGGACGAGCCUUUGAAGCAAGUCAACGAGCUCGCAUCAGCGUUGAUCCAGGUUAUGUUCCCAUCAGACACCAGUUUCAAGCACAAGUUGCGAAACAUUUACGGCAAGGGGGAUCACGCCAAACUCUUCAUCGACUUGCUCAACGACCAUAAAAUCCCCGAAUAUUUAAAUGCAUCCUUGAACCCGUUAGAGUUGGAGUUUUACCGGACCAAGUUUGCUAGCAACACCGAUUUGGUGGUCCUUGAGAGAAACUUGGAUUACACCUCGGUGUUGUUCAACCAGCUCAACUAUCAUGGGUUGAUCAACGAUUUGUUUGGCAUGGAAUUCACCCAAAUCGUGAAUAUUCCAGAAGAUGUCGAAGACGAGAAGAUCUCAAAAAACUUGAAGGAUGACGUGCUCUACAACAAUACCCUCAAGCACCUUAAUUUCUCGUCCAGUGGUCUAAAGUUGAGUAAAUUGGCCAAGUACGUACAGCAACAAUUCAAAUUGAAAGAUAACAAGUCGGACGACCUCGAUGACAUCAAGAAGAUAGUGUCGAGCUUGGGAAGUUUGACGUUGAAGCAGGACUUGAUUAAAAAGCACACCAUGAUCAGCGAGGCCAUAAUAUCCAAAAUCAACGCUGAAUACGAAGAGUAUCUCGUGUUUCAGAACGACUUGUUUGAAAAUGACUACAAGUCUCAUUUAGCGUCGAUAAAACACUUCAUAGAUUCCAAUUUCGACCAGCAAUUAAUUUUCUCCUCGUUGAUAUUGGUAUCGAUAGUGAACAACGGGAUCAAGGAGCGUGAUUUCGAGUGGAUCCUCCAGGACUGUAUGGAUUUAUUCGGACUAGAGACGGCUUUGGCCCUCGAAAAAUUGAUAACCUACAAAUUGAUAAGGCUCCUCCAUGAAAGCUCGGGUGAUUUUUUCAGCAACUUGGGAAUUACUUCGGCACCCGAGGAGGUGGAGAAGCCCAACACCGUUGGCAUUACUGCGGGUCAGGACGUCUAUUCUAGUAAUUAUGCGUUGAUCGAUAAGUACUGGAACUUGCACCCAAUCGAUGAAGACAUUGCACCAGCCAAUGGUGAUGACGAGGAGGACGUUUCCUUGAUAGACUCGUACCAGAACCCGUCGUUUACUUUGCCAUCUAAUACAGUACCCAUAUUAUACAGGCUCGUGGAGGCGCUUUACUUUCGGGACUUUUUGAAGUACAAGCCCACCAAUAACUUGAAGAAAAGACCCAACUGGGAAAACCUCCAAACAGACAUGUUUGGGGGAGCUACGGUGGAUAUAAACGUGGACGAUCGCAGCGACAUCCGAGGCAAACGGGUCAAUGGCACCGAAGCCCAGCCGCGAGGCUCAGAGUACUUGGUGAUCGUAUUGCUUGGAGGAAUAACCCGAGCAGAAAUAACCUGUUUCAAGUAUCUACAGCAGAAGUUGGACCGCCACAACAAGCGGAAGAAGUUGGUGGUGUUGACCUCGGGAAUUGUCAAUAACAGGUCCAUGUUGGAGUUUUUCACCGGGUAAUGGAGUUUUUAACCGGGUAAUGGAGUUUCCGAAAAGAAGCACAUGGAGUUGGAAAUAGAAAUAGCUGGUUUAAAUGGAGUUUCCACAGCCCAAACAUUAGCAUAUCUCGACUGAUCAAAACGAUUGUAAGGCCUCAAGCCAGCUACGGAAAGAGAAUCUGUGAGGCCUGUAGAAAUGUAGUCCCACUGUGCGCUGGUCCUCAGUCCACGUUUGUAGGAGAUUCCAUGGACUCCUUCGUUUUCUCGAG